AUGGCUGGCCUUCUCCAGCACGUUAUUGUACUGAGGCGACGCCGCUAUGGCGGGCUGACAGGGGGCGCUGUAGCGCAGCGCGGCGCCGCCAUCCUCCCUCGCUCCGCCAUGGCGGCUCUGCCUCGCCAUCGCCGCUUUUUGGGCGGCUUCGUCUGCGGGGCUGCGGCGGGUGCUGCCGCGUCGUGCUGGGCAGCCUGGCGGCUUCUCCGGAGCCAGAGCCAGCCGGAGUCGGCCCCCGAGCGGGUCCUGCCGGAGGAACCAGUAGAAGACUCCCUGCUGGAAAAAUAUGGAUUCCCUGAAGCUGGAACAGAGACCAGAUGUUACACAAAUCAUGCACUGUCUUAUGAUCAGGCAAAACGUGUGCCUAGAUGGGUGAUUGAACAUAUUUCAAAACAGAAGACACUGGGCAAUGCAGACCGAAGGCACUGUAAAUUCAGACCAGAUCCUAACAUCCCUCUAAUGUUCAGUGCCGUCAAUGAAGACUACCUUGGGAGCGGGUGGUCGCGAGGACACAUGGCACCAGCAGGAGAUAACAAAUUUUCAACAAGAGCUAUGGCUGAAACAUUUUAUCUCUCUAACAUUGUGCCUCAGAAUUAUGAAAAUAAUGCUGGAUUUUGGAACAGAAUGGAAAUGUACUGUCGGGAAUUGACCGAGAGAUUUGAGGAUGUUUGGGUAGUUUCUGGACCUCUGACCUUGCCUCAAACAAAUGAUGAUGGAAAGAAGAGUGUUACUUACCAGGUAAUAGGAAAGGAUGACGUAGCUGUGCCAUCCCACCUCUACAAGGUGAUCCUUGCCAGACGGACCAGAACUUCGACAGAACCCUUGGUGCUGGGGGCUUUUGUGGUGCCAAAUGAUCCCAUAGGCUUCAGUCACCAGCUGACUGAGUUCCAAGUAAACAUUGAAGAGCUGGAAAAAAUGGCAGGUUUAGUUUUCUUCCCCCAGGUGGACAAAACCAGAGAUGUUAAAAAUAUCUGUGAGGUGGACACCUGUAAACUGAUAGGCUUCAAGGAAUUUACCUUGUACAUCACUACUCGAAAAGUGCAGAGUGCCCGUACGUUGCACCGGUUGGAGAAAGCCAUGUCAGAGUUAAAGGAGGCAGGAAUUGAGCCUGAUGAAUAUCUCCUAAAGCUUCACAAGAAGAAGGAGGAAGAACUACUGCAGGAAAAACAAACAGCAGCUAGAGAGGGGAAAGCUGGCUGAGUACUUCUUUAGGAAGAUGCUUGGUGUUUGUACUUUGAGAGGGGAGCUGAAGGCAAACAAAAACCAGGGCUUUAUAAAUGAUCCUUUUCUGAAUUGUGAAAACAAUAAAGAAACAUUUGGAAGAUGA